AUGGAACAGAUCAGUAUCGACCAUCUAAUCAGGCCAUUGUUCUCCUUUCCGGCAUGGCCCUGGUUCUCUACUGACUUUUGGUACUCUUCCACUUUUUGGUCUGCUGUUUUCUGGCUUCUCUGGGUCCAUCGCUACCUUCGCCUCUUUGUUCACUGCGUGAGCCACUGGGCUUACAAGUCCAAGCCAAUCGCGGCCAAGCCGACCUUUACCAACCAAGAUGUCACGGUUGUCAUUCCCACCAUUCAUAAUGUGUUUGAGGAUCUUCGCCCGUCGCUUCAGAGCAUUCUCGCCUGCAAACCGGCCGAGAUGAUCCUGGUGACGACGCACGACAAGAGAAAGGCCCUGGACAAGCUUGUUGCGACGCUCGGCUACCCUUGCAUCCGCGUCCUGGAUACAGCCAUUGCCAACAAGCGUCUCCAGGUCUGCGAGGCGCUGCCUCUUGUCAAGACGCCCAUUACCAUCAUGGCCGACGACGACGUUACCUGGCCCUCGACUCUGAUGCCCUGGAUUCUCGCGCCCUUUGAGGACCCCAAAAUGGGUGGUGUUGGGACUAACCAGCGAGUCCGGCGCGAGCGCGAUGCGCCGCUGUUUGGUCGCCUGUGGAACUGGCUCGGCGCCGCCUACAUUGAACGGCGCAACUUUGAGAUUUCGGCGACGCACAACAUGGACGGCGGUACUUCCUGCAUGUCGGGUCGCACGGGCGCUUAUCGCUCGGAAAUUUUGCAGAGCCACGACUUCCUGGACGGCUUCAAGAAUGAGAAGUGGCGCAGGUGGAUUCUCAACGCCGACGACGACAACUUUGUCACGCGCUGGCUCGUCAGCCACCAGUGGAAGACGUGGAUUCAGUACCAUGUCGAGUGCGAGCUCGAGACGACGCUGGAAAAUGGCCCGAAAUUCCUCUAUCAGUGCACCCGGUGGGCGCGCAGCAACUGGCGCAGCAACUGGACCAGUCUCGUCCGUGAGAAGCACGUCUGGGUCCAGCAGCCAUGGAGCACUUAUGCCCUGUACAUUGCAACCUUUACGUCUCUCGCCUUUGCCAUUGACCCGCUCCUGCUCGCUGCUUGCUGGUGGGCUACGGCUGAGUGGUCUCUUGACAGUCGCCAGUACGCUUUCUGGGCCCAGUUCAUCUUCAUGUUUGCCUUUACCAAGGUCGUCAAGCUCAUGGGCCUCUUUCGCCGGCACCCCGCCGACAUUGCCUACCUUCCUCUCUCCAUCGUCUUUGGCUACCUGCACGGUCUGAUCAAGCUCUAUGCCCUCGUCACUCUUAACAUGUCCGCCACCUACCAGACGUCGUGGGGUAGUAGAGCCGACGGCGACACCAACGAUGCGCAGCGUCUUGCCCCCGCACCACGACGAGCCAUCGUUCUCAAGACACCACCGGGCACCGUCUCUCUCAUCCGAUACAAUGUACGUCACAAGGGACGACCUGUACAGUGUCAGGAAGAGCGAGACGUGUCUUGGGAGAAGCGAGGGUAUGCUGCCUACGACUCGAGCACGUCGCACAUACCCAUCCGAGUGCCCGACAUUGUUCAUGACGCUGCCCUGGGCUACGUUGGCGAGACCAUGGUGUCUUCGUACUAA